UAAUGUUUUCCUUCAAAUCCAUUAUUAAUUCUGCAGUAUGUUUCAUUUCUAAUGAAAAGAAUAUCCACCUUUGGUGCUAAGGAAGCCUUGAUACUCGUCUGUCAGAAAGAAUACACCUUUUUAAAGAUGCCUUCGCUGAAGGGUAAAGUCCAGACUGUUUUGGGCCUUGUUGAGCCUAGCCAGCUUGGCUACACGAUGACCCACGAGCACUUGACAAUGGAUUACACUUGCUGUUACUACCCACCUCCUUCAGGCCAAGAAGCACUCUCUGAAACAUCCAUUGAGAUGAAGAACUUGUUUUGGCUGAAACAGAAUCCCUACAGCCACAAAGAGAACCUCCUCCUGCAUCAAGAAACGAGUGCUGUGAAGGAAGAACUGCUGCAAUUCAAAGCUGCAGGUGGUGGGACCAUAGUGGAAAAUACAACCACAGGGAUAAGGAGAGACAUGAAGACCCUAAAGAAGCUUGCGGAAGAAACCGGUGUCCAUAUUAUUGCAGGCGCUGGCUUUUAUGUGGGUGCCACUCAUUCUCCUGAAACACGAGCGAUGUCUGUGGAGCAGCUGACGGAGGUUAUAGUUAAUGAAAUUCUCAAUGGAGCUGAUGGAACCGACAUAAAGUGUGGGGUCAUAGGAGAAGUUGGCUGCUCAUGGCCUCUGACAGAAAGUGAAAACAAAGUACUACAAGCAACGGCACAUGCUCAGUCACAGCUUGGCUGCCCUGUCAUCAUCCACCCUGGCAGGAAUAGUGAUUCACCUUUCCAGAUCAUUCGAAUUUUGCAGGAAGCUGGAGCUGAUACCUCAAAAACUGUCAUGUCUCACAUGGACAGGACUAUAUUUGAUGAGAAGAAACUGUUGGAGUUUGCUGAGCUUGGAUGCUACUUAGAGUACGACCUCUUUGGAACGGAAUUCAUUUUGUACCAAAUGAAUCCUGAUAUUGAUAUGCCAAGUGACAACGAAAGAAUUUUAAGGGUUCGGAUGUUGAUUGAUGAAGGCUAUGAAGACAGAGUUUUGCUUGCUCAUGACGUGCACACAAAAAAUAGGUUGAAGAAAUAUGGGGGUCAUGGAUAUUCUCACAUACUUGAAAACAUAGUACCAAAAAUGUUAAUCAGAGGCAUAUCGCAAAAAAAGAUUGAUAAGCUAUUGGUAGGAAAUCCCAGACGAUGGUUGACUUUCAAGUAGGGACUUCUAAGUAUUGCUGUGGCUAGAUUUGCUUCUGUGAAACUGGAAAUCUGAAACCUAAAUUGAGGAAAACUGAAGUCCUACAAAUCUGGCAUCUUAAGAGUAGAAUAAGCCAUAGUAUACCUACUGUUUGUGUUCAGAUACAGGUAGUGGGGGCAGUUACACAGCUUCGCUAAAGGGCAAUUUUUAUAUGUAAUAAGCAUUUGCUUGGCAAGUAUGGUAGAAUUGUAUAGCUCUGUUCCAAAUACUAUUUCUAAAAUCACCAUAAAGCUGCUGCGAUGCAUUCAUGCAGUGCUUUUAGGGGAUACUCCCAACAGCCUUGAGAACAGCAUCAUGCUGUGCAAAGGCUGAGACUGAUGGAGUAAUUAUGAUGGCUUCUGCGGGCUCAUUCUGGAGUUGGGCCCAAGCACCAUUGCUGGAACGUUUAUGCAUAAUCUUAGCUGGGAUCCUGUAAACCCCAGCUGCAUGCCUUAAGGCACUUCUGCACAGGCACAGGAAAUUCCCCAUUGUUGUUUUAUUUUCAACUUCACUCUGAUGUGUCAGGUGACACUUGAAAGUAGGAGUGGGGAACCUGUUACCCUCCAGAUGCUGGACUGCAAUGCCCGUCAUUCCUGACCACUGGCUAUGCUAACUGGGAUCACUGGGACUGGAGUCUUAAUAAUAUAAGGAUGGGUACUGGUUUCCCAUCCCUGUUUUAGUGUCGCUGAUCUGCAGGAGAGCUGCUAUAGAGAAGGCAGGAACCAUGAGUAGAAGCAGAAAUACAAUAAUACUUUUGUCAGCUUUCCAUGAAACAUACAUCAAAGUCAGCUGCCCAGUAUAUUUGUAUUCCUGAUAUUUAUGGUCAAAACACUUUAACCCCCGUGCCUCCUUUGACCUUCCCUUUUAAUAUAUUGUGUGAAUCCUACUUUGAAUUGAAAUUUUAAAAUAAAGCAAAAAAAUAUGA